UGAGAACAACCUCUGUGGCCAAGCAAUCCUGAGGAUCGUUUCCUGUGGCAAUGCCAUUAUCGCUGAGCUGCUGAGGCUGUCCGAGUUUAUUCCUGCUGUGUUCAGGUUAAAAGACCGAGCUGACCAACAGAAAUAUGGAGAUAUUAUAUUCGAUUUCAGCUAUUUUAAGAUAUCUAGAUGAUCUCAAUGAAGGUGUUUAUAUUCAGCAAACCUUAGAAACUGUGCUUCUCAAUGAAGAUGGAAAACAACUUCUAUGUGAAGCCCUGUACUUAUAUGGAGUUAUGCUGCUGGUCAUCGACCAAAAGAUUGAAGGAGAAGUCAGAGAGAGAAUGCUAGUUUCUUACUAUCGAUACAGUGCGGCCCGAUCUUCUGCUGAUUCAAAUAUGGAUGAUAUUUGUAAGCUGCUGCGAAGUACAGGUUAUUCCAGCCAACCAGGAGCCAAAAGGCCACCCAGCUAUCCUGAGAGCUAUUUCCAGAGAGUGCCUAUCAAUGAAGCCUUCAUCAGCAUGGUCAUUGGCCGGCUGAGAUCAGACGAUAUUUACAAUCAGGUCUCAGCAUAUCCCUUGCCAGAACAUCGCAGCACUGCACUGGCAAAUCAAGCCGCCAUGCUGUAUGUGAUUCUCUACUUUGACCCUUCCAUUCUUCACACCCAUCAAGCAAAAAUGAGAGAGAUCGUGGAUAAAUACUUUCCAGAUAAUUGGGUAAUUAGUAUUUACAUGGGAAUCACAGUUAACCUAGGAGAUGCUUGGGAACCUUACAAAGCUGCAAAAACAGCUUUAAACAAUACCCUGGACCUUUCAAACGUCAAAGAACAGGCAAGUAGAUAUGCUACUGUCAGUGAAAGAGUACAUGCUCAAGUACAGCAGUUUCUGAAAGAAGGUUAUUUAAGAGAAGAGAUGGUUCUGGACAAUAUCCCAAGGCUUCUAAACUGUCUGAGAGACUGCAAUGUUGCCAUCCGAUGGUUGAUGCUGCAUACAGCAGACUCAGCCUGUGACCCAAACAACAAACGCCUUCGUCAAAUCAAGGACCAGAUUCUAACAGACUCUAGGUACAAUCCCAAGAUCCUCUUCCAGUUGCUAUUGGAUACUGCACAAUUUGAGUUUAUACUCAAAGAGAUGUUCAAGCAAAUGCUUUCGGAAAAACAAGCCAAAUGGGAGUACUAUAAGAAAGAGGGCUCAGAGCGGAUGACCGAACUUGCUGAUGUCUUCUCAGGAGUGAAACCCUUAACCAGAGUGGAGAAAAAUGAAAAUCUUCAAGCUUGGUUCAGAGAAAUCUCAAAACAAAUAUUGUCUUUAAAUUAUGAUGAUUCCACUGCUGCAGGCAGAAAAACUGUGCAGCUAAUACAAGCUUUGGAGGAGGUUCAGGAAUUUCAUCAGUUGGAAUCAAAUUUGCAAGUGUGUCAGUUCCUCGCUGAUACUCGAAAGUUCCUCCAUCAAAUGAUCAGGACCAUUAACAUUAAAGAGGAGGUCCUGAUCACAAUGCAGAUCGUCGGGGACCUUUCUUUUGCUUGGCAGUUAAUUGACAGUUUCACAUCCAUCAUGCAAGAAAGCAUAAGAGUAAACCCGUCCAUGGUCACUAAACUCAGAGCCACAUUCCUGAAGCUUGCCUCUGCCCUUGACCUGCCUCUUCUUCGUAUCAAUCAAGCAAAUAGCCCUGACCUUCUCAGUGUGUCUCAGUAUUAUUCUGGUGAAUUGGUGUCCUAUGUGAGAAAGGUUUUGCAAAUCAUCCCAGAAAGCAUGUUUACAUCUCUUCUAAAGAUCAUAAAGCUUCAGACCCACGAUAUCAUCGAGGUGCCUACCCGUCUGGACAAAGACAAGCUGCGGGACUAUGCUCAGCUCAGCCCACGAUACGAGGUUGCCAAGCUCACCCAUGCUAUUUCCAUUUUUACCGAAGGUAUCUUAAUGAUGAAAACAACUUUAGUUGGCAUCAUCAAGGUGGAUCCGAAGCAGUUGCUGGAAGACGGAAUAAGGAAGGAGCUGGUUAAACGGGUUGCUUUCGCCCUUCACAGAGGACUGAUAUUCAACCCUCGAGCCAAGCCAAGUGAACUGAUGCCCAAGCUGAAAGAGUUGGGAGCCACCAUGGAUGGAUUCCAUCGUUCUUUUGAAUACAUACAGGACUAUGUCAACAUUUAUGGUCUGAAGAUUUGGCAGGAAGAAGUCUCUCGUAUUAUAAAUUACAAUGUGGAACAAGAGUGUAAUAACUUCCUAAGAACAAAGAUUCAGGACUGGCAGAGCAUGUACCAGUCCACUCACAUUCCCAUACCCAAGCUCCCCCCUGUGGACGAGUCCGUCACAUUUAUUGGUCGACUCUGCAGAGAAAUCUUGCGGAUCACAGACCCAAAGAUGACAUGUCACAUAGACCAGCUGAACACCUGGUAUGAUAUGAAGACUCAUCAAGAAGUGACCAGCAGCCGCCUCUUCUCAGAAAUUCAGACCACCUUGGGGACCUUUGGUCUGAAUGGGUUAGACAGGCUUCUGUGCUUCAUGAUCGUGAAGGAGCUGCAGAAUUUCCUCAGUAUGUUUCAGAAAAUUAUCCUGAGAGAUAGAACCGUUCAGGAUACUUUAAAAACCCUCAUGAACGCCGUCAGCCCCUUAAAGAGCAUUGUAGCAAAUUCAAAUAAAAUUUAUCUUUCUGCCAUUGCCAAAACGCAGAAGAUUUGGACUGUUUACCUCGAGGCUAUAAUGAAGGUUGGACAGAUGCAGAUUCUGAGACAGCAGAUUGCCAAUGAAUUAAAUUAUUCCUGUCGGUUUGACUCCAAACAUCUGGCAGCUGCUCUGGAGAAUCUCAACAAGGCUCUCCUGGCAGAUAUUGAAGCCCAUUAUCAGGAUCCUUCACUUCCUUACCCCAAAGAAGAUAAUACACUUUUAUAUGAAAUCACAGCCUACCUGGAGGCAGCUGGCAUCCACAACCCGCUGAAUAAGAUUUAUAUAACAACAAAACGCUUGCCCUAUUUCCCAAUUGUCAACUUUCUAUUUCUGAUUGCUCAGUUGCCAAAACUUCAGUACAACAAAAAUCUAGGAAUGGUCUGCCGAAAACCUGCCGACCCUGUUGACUGGCCGCCGCUCGUCCUGGGACUGCUCACUCUGCUGAAGCAGUUUCAUUCCCGGUACACCGAGCAGUUCCUGGCGCUCAUCGGCCAGUUUAUCCGCUCCACAGUGGAGCAGUGCACAAGCCAGAAGAUACCUGAAAUGCCUGCAGAUGUUGUGGGUGCCCUUCUGUUCCUGGAGGACUAUGUUCGGUACACAAAGCUCCCCAGGAGGGUUGCUGAAGCACACGUGCCUAACUUCAUUUUUGAUGAGUUCAGAACAGUCCUGUAAAUUUUUUGUUCUUUUACUUCUUAUGAAACGGUUGUCCUUAAAUCUCCCUACCUUUGCUAAAAUGAACUUGGGAAUGCAAAGAAACUCAACAGCUCGUAUAACUGCAAUUUUUUCCCUCCAUUGUGGGAAACAUCAGACAUUCUGAGGAAGAUGUAUCUCACUACUAGUUAAAAUGAUUAAUAUUGUUUAAAUCAUGGUAUUAUAUGCAAUUUAUAUCAUGUAGAAGCAGAACAAAUUUUGUACUGCCUCUUAUAAAUGCUUAAUGUAAUUGUUAUGUAUAAAUCCAUUUAGUUUUAUGUUCUAAAGAACUAUUUGUGCAACUCUGGAUUUUCAGUAAAAUAGAAUUCCCUUCGUGAGGGAAUCUCACGAAGCCAGUUGUCCUUCUGCUUAUGAUCUAAAACCUGCUUGUUCAACCCUUGAAAAAAAAAAAAAAAAAACUUCCUGGAAAGUAAAGAUGGCUGUGGGUAGGGAUGGUCCCCACCCACCAGAGGCUUGUAGACAUGUGGCCUCAGCAAGACGUGUCACGUGUAGUGACUGCUCAAUACAUGUCCCAGAUACUGUGGCAAUUUCUGGUGUCUGAAGUUCACCAUCCUCUGCCAGUCUGGUACCUCACGGUCCUAGCACCUCUUCUGGGGGAUUCCUUAACUUCAGGAGCUCCUUCCUACCUCUUCCUUCCCCGCCAGAGUCCCCACAGAUCUUGUCACUAUUCAUAAACUGUUUUACAUUUUUUAAAAAAUGAUUUUGUAAAAGCAUAACCAUGACUUCUAACAACCUCAAAAUCCGUAUUCACUUCUACAUGAAAACCACUCUGAGAAGGGAGCUGCCAUUCUGCUGUGGCAACUUGGGACCUCAGCAACUUGGAUGAGAGCAAGCAAAAUGCUUUGCUCUGAACCUGAAGCCAGCCAUGUUCUCUGGAGAAGAGAAGAACAAGCAAAGACAAAAGGUCACGUUUGGCUCUUAAAGGUCCCCCCAAAGGCUCAUGUGCUGAAGGCUUGGUCACCAGCCUAUGACACUGUUGGGAGGUAGAUCCUUCAGGAAGUGGGGCCUAGUGAAAGGAAAUUAGGUUGAAGGGGGUCCCUUGAAGAGGAUAGGGGACCCUGGCUUAUCCUUUCUCCUGCUUCCCAACUGCCACAUGAGGUAAAGUGACUUCCUCCAUCUGGUCACGCACUCUCACCACAAUGUACAGGCCUGUGGAGUGAAACCUUUAAAACCAUGAGCCAAAAUAAAUCUUUCCUCCUUUUA